AAGAAGGUGAGGAAAGGAGGAGAUAAAUCAAGUGAGGUGCCAUGGCAUCAACACAAGGCAGCCCUAGAUUCAGUACAGGAUGACACACCACUCAGUGUCAUAAGAUAAAAUCGCAUCCCAAUGGCAGAAGAAACAAGUACGUUCCCAACAGAAAGCAAAACGAACACAACAGGAGAAGUUACACUGAACGAAGCAAAGAAACUAUUCUUCAAAACACUGGGAGAUGAAUAUUGUCUCUAUGGCCUGGCUGCGACUUCAUUUAUCCUUGCUGCUGUGAUGUAUACUAUAUAUCACGUAGCAUACAAUAAAUACCAAGACAUUCACGAUGCAGUGGCCAUGCUGCGGCAAUUUGCCAUUGAACAGGACCCAAAAUUUGAAAGGAAAAGUGAUCUUGAAGUGAUUGAGCUAGCUCAAAACCUAUCCAACCAAUUGAUUGAAGUAACCAAUGAAAAUGAGGAACUCCAGGGUGAAAUUGAUAAGGUUACUGCAAUGCUUAGCACGUGGGCAUGGUACAACAGGCACCUGUACUACUUUUCCAAAGUUGAACUCACUUGGGAGGAAUCCAAAAGGCAAUGUAAAAGGAAAGAAUCUUAUUUGGUUUCUGCGAGGUUUCCUGAAGAACAGGUCUUUUUAGACACAGAAGCCACACGUCUCAAUGGUGGGUUCUGGAUUGGGCUCCGUAAGAACCCAGAGGCGAAGGAAGGCUUACAGUGGUUUAAUCGCCAAAGAGUUGGGCCUUUGUUCUGGGAUGUGGAGAAAGGCCAGCCCACCAAUGAUGGUGAUUGCGUUUACAUAGGACCGCUUUGCAAAAUUAAAAGUUGUUGGCGUAUCGCUCCCUGUGACAGUAAAAAAAGGUAUAUUUGCAAGAAGUUGCCUGACCCAUAUUGGUUCAAUUUGUAAGAUGCACAGUACUGGGUUUGCUACCUCUUCAGACACAACUUGGAUGAAAAGCCCCCCUGGAGGGAAGCAUGGACAAACGGAACAUUUUGAAACUUGUCGGUUAUGUACAUGUACCCAGAUUUGUGACUUUACCUACUCAUUGUGAUCUUGACAAUCUAUAUGUUGGCAGGUAUGAAAAGGACUGUUGUGAUGCUAUAGAUCAAGUUUUCUCAAAUUCAAGUAUGAUCUCUCUGGGUCUUCUCCUGGGUACUUCCAGAAUCUAAUUGUAAAACUGAUAAAUUAUUCUUAAAGCACUAAAACAAUAAAAUAUUUCCUUAAAAUUCAUUCAUAAGUGGCAUAAACUGAGGAUUUUAAAAGAAAAGGCAGGGUUAUGGAAAUAAGACCUCAGUUGGCGGAAGAAUUAGAGCAUAUCAAUUUAUAUUACAUUUUGGCGUGUGUGUGUGGAAUGCACUUUGAGCCCAAGCUGACCUCCUAGGGGCACCGCCAUUUCUCCAAAGCGGAGGCAGCUUGCAAAGAAGUGGCUAGGAGCCCUAGAGAUAAGACUGGAAAAUCUGCGCAGGAAGUUUGGGAGUUGCUAGACAAGAAAAACCAUUGCCUCCAAAAACCAACACAAUGCUUGCUCUUGGUUUUCAGCCUCACACCUGAUGGCCCAGUGAUUAAGUCAACGGCCAGCUAUUCAUCUGUUUGCCUUCCUUGAUUGUGUCCAGAUCCAAGUGCAUUGGCUCAGUCUAUUCUUCACCUUGGUUUAACAACAGCCCAGGGCUUUAUACCCUUUGUCUUGACUGCAGCUAAGCCAUUAAGUUCAUUGCUAGAGGCUAGAAACUGUCUAUAUAAGCUUCAGUCUAAACACACACCACUGUGCUAUAUUCAGAAUACAGCCUGGCUUCACGUCAGACCGAACUCUGAUUUUAGCUCCCUCUGCCAUUUACUCCCACGUUUCGGCAGCCAUGUCCUUUCAUCAUCUACAUCUACAUUGGCUUCCCAGAGAAGCCUUCGGAAGUAAGUAUCUCCCGUAGAUUUGCCUCUCUCAACUCUCUCCUGAUUUCCCUACUUGACUUCAUUGAGAAUUGCGUGUGUGUGUGAAUGCCCCUUUGCUGCGUGUUUUGUUUCCCCCUUUUA